AUGUCUUCUCAGACGAUUCGCCUGCGUCUCAUCAUCCGCAGACACGCCGUCCCAGAAGUCAAACUCGUCUGGCCCUGCAUCGCAAACGACGACCUUACCGUAUCGAAGCUCCUCGCACUCGUCAAUGAGGUCGUACCGCUCGAGAGUGCAGACUGGGGUCUAGAGGACUACGUCGUCGAGCUAGCGGAUGGCAAGGGCGAUAGUUUCGAGCUGCUACAUUUUCAGCCUGUCGGCAAAGUUUUGAAGGAGGAUGACCAAGUUUUAAUUAGAUCGCUUUCCACCGAGGACCUUAAGAGACGAAGACUUAGCGGACGACAUCAAAUAUCUUACGACGGGAAGCAUCUUAUCGAUGGCCUGGCUUUUGGUAGGCCCUGGUUGAGGCCACCGCGCGAUCGCCCUGCGCUCGAUUUACCACCGCGAAAACGAGCACGUAUUACACAUGAAGAAGAGGAAGAUGACGAUUCUUAUACGGAUGAGGAAGCUGCGUCAGAGCAGCUCUUGCUUGAAGGCUCUUCGCCAACUGAAGAUAGGGAGGAACCAGACAGUGUACGCCUACGAGCAAGAUUCGUCGAUACCGAUCAGCUUGGAGAGGAAGAUGAGGAGAUGGACGACGACACCGAUUUCCAAAUUGCAAACGACCAGCUUGCAGAGCCCGUGGUCGAGGAAGACGAAGAUUCUGACACUAGCGACGAGGAUGAGCCAGAUGUCGAUCUUGCUGAUGAGCUGAAGCUUCUACAAGAGGAUAAUGCUUUGAUUGAGCAAGGAUCUGAGCAGGAGGAGUUAACUUCUUCACCUGCGGAUAAUGCGCAAACGGAAGCGCCUGCGCCUCUGUUCGACCUUUCGAUGCUCGACAAGAUCACAGCAUUACGAGCCGCCUUCCCCUUUACCAGCAUGUCGACUAUGCAAGAUGCCUUGCACGACCACGAUCUGAAGGAAACAUAUCGGAUCCUUGCCAAAACCAACAGCCCAACGGUCAGCUACGACGAAGUACUAGAAAUCGCUUUUCUCGGUGCCGUACUCAACCCUACACAAUCUUCGAAACAAGGUCCUGAAGAAGAUGGUGAUGAGGCCGAGAAAGAGAACGAGGAAGCUGACGAAGAGGUCGAAGAACCGACACUGCGACUUCCCGGACAACCUGAAGCGGACUCGAAACGACCGUUGAUACAAGAAGUGAAUGACGAGAGCCCUUCGCAGGCACCGACUCAAGCGAAAGCGAAAUCUUUGAUCAGUGUGGUGGAUGAGGACAAUGACACCUCGAGCUCUUCUAGUAGCUCGGAUUCUGAUUCGGACUCUGACUCUGAGUCCGACGAAGAGUCGCAUAACAGCCCUAAGGAAGAUUCCGACUCUGAUAGCGAUUCCGAUUCAGACGAUUCCGAUUCAGACGACGAUUCAGACGAUGGUUUGGAUGUUCAGCCUAAGGAUGCAAAUUCUAGUGACAGUUCCGAUUCCGACUCCGACUCCGACUCCGACUCCGACUCCGACUCAGACUCAGAUGUCGCCCCAAAAUUGGUUAAGGUUGCCAAAGCUACGGAUGUCUCUGGGGCACAGGACUCUGAUAGCAGCUCCAGUGACAGCUCCAGCGAUUCUGACUCCAGUUCAAGUGAUUCUGAUUCGGAGUCAGAGCCCGAGGAACUCUCCUCCAAAAAAACAGCCGAGGUAAAGCAAUCGCGUGCAGCUGCUUCUCCCGAUGUCAAGACUCAAGACACAAAACCGCCUGGUGCCGGGCUGGCCAAGACCAAGAAGCGGAACGCUAGAAGACGUGACCUCAAGCGACUGAGAGCCAUGCAAGCCUUGGAAGAUACCCAAUCUCAACCGUCUACCAAUGGAGCGGCAAGCGAGGAUGCUGAAUUUCUGGCUCGAAAGCGCGCCCUUUUGAGUGUCGUUAGUGACGAGAGCGAAGAUGUCCCAAGCCCCCCGGAAGAAACGACAGCCACAGACCCCAAACCCCUGAUUGUCGAAGUCGAAACGAAGGAAACUCCAGCACCUGCGACAACCCAAGAUGCGGCCCCGGCUGAAGAUUCUCCCCAACGUCGCCACAAAGUCGAUAUGGGAGCUGGGCGCCGAAUGCUGUUUGGCGCUCUUGGUCUAAAGAACCCCAAGUCUAAAGCUGAAGAGGAUAAGCUCCGCAAGAGCUUGAUGAAGGAUGUGAAGCCACUGCAAAACCCUCGAGUUCAAACGGAGGAAGCAAAGGCGAACGGGGUUGAGCCAACGGCGGAGCAAGAGGAAGAAGACCCUGAAGCUUGGCGAAAGGUCAUUUCAUAUCGAGCGGUCGAAUGCUGCCAGGAGGGCGUUGUUUUGAGUGAACCACCAUUUCCAUUUGUCCAAAGAUGGGAUCCUCAACAACAGUAUUCCUCCAUGAGGAAGCGAAAGAGGGCCUCUCAGAACUUCGACGACAGUUACUAUGGGGAAGACUCCCAAUGGAACGGCGAUGAAGAGUGGCAGGAAGAAGACACCCAACACAAGAAGAAGAAAAAGUCUAAAAAGCGAAAAGGAAAGGGAGGAUAUGAUGGAGGAUAUGACGAGAUGGAGAUCACUGAAGAUUCGUACGCUGAAACAAGGGCAAAUGGUAACGACGACGAGGAUAUCGUGUUGAAUUACGAUGACAUCCCGAAGCCUCGUCUGCAGGAUACGCAGUUCACAGAGAUGGACGACCUCCCUACACUACCUUCGGAUCUUAGCACUCUUCCCAGCCUUGAAUUGUCCGAUGUCAAGUCUGGUAUGGUCAUCACCUGGAAGCAGCUGCUCAUGUCAAAAGCAACGAAAUGGCAACCUGAGAUGGUAUCCAUGACUGGACUCAUCUUGUCUAUCGACAAAGAUAACUGCCUUCAUGUUCUUUUGGCUAAGCGAGACAGGGACGAAGACGACAAAGAGUACGAUGAGCAUACAGGCCAACGAGUCUACGCCAAGUUUGAAGUGCCGGACCUGGACGAAGAUGAUGACGGCGAGGAGGACAAUGGACGAAGAGAAAUUGCCUGGGAAGAGAUGUCUGAACCGAGAUUGGUUCAACCGGCGCCGUCUGACGACUCUUCGGAAACACUUGCCAAGGGCAAAGAACUUCUGAAGGAACAUGCCAAGCCCGCACAGGACGAUUCCAUGGCGAACAAUAAGGUUAGCGCGCCAACACACCCCGAUGAGACUAUGGCUGAGGAGUUAGAUACACAGAAAGUGAGAGCAGAGGUGGAGGCCGAUUUGAAGGAUCGAGAAGCUGCAAGCGCAGACAAACCCUCAGGGACCGACAAAUCGAUCUCGAUUCCUUCUGGCCAACAGCCACCGCGGCUAGAGUUUAUGGGCUCUGGAGAUAACAGCCCGAUCAGCAGUUUUGUUCGACCUAUGGAGGGGUUGAGUGAUAUGACUAACAGUCCUUCACGUCAACUACGAGAAACAAUAGAAGAAGUUUCUUUGACGAAGGCUUUGGAGGAUUUUAUAGAGAAUAAUGUGGAGGAACUGAUAGGCAAUGAGGCGGAUGGAGCGAAAGACACAAACGACCUUGACGAGCCAAUGCCGACUGUUGAGGCUGGCUGGGAUGCUAUCGUUCCCGAUAGUAUACCAUCACUAGACCUUCCAUCACUUCCUAAGAAAGACAAUGUGUCUGUGGAUCACCAACUACUUGUGGUACCUUCGUCUGCGGGCAGCGUUCGCAGCGGACGACAGCCACCAUCGGUCAGUGGUCUUGAAGAUCUCCCUGAGGAGCGCAUUGAAGAUUCAGUUGUGGACAAUGGACCUCACAAAAGAACACCAAGCCCUCAGAUUUCCGCCAUCUCGGUCAGGAGUAGCAGCCCUUUUCCUUCUUUAGAAGAAAUGUUCGCAACAGCGAGACAGACACAGAGCCCAGCAAAAUUCUCACAACCGUCUGUGCCGCGAUUUUUGAAAACAGAAAAACGAGAUGAUGAGUACGAAGAGGCGAUGCGAAAAUUGGACGAGGGAGAGGACGAGUCUGAUCGUUCUCAUGAUCGCAACAAAUCUAUACGCAGUUUGUUUAAACGCGCGACACAAGAGAAGAGUCCUCUACAGCAGUCAAUCAAGAGCGAGGUGGUCGAAACUGAACGUAUCGCAGCACCAUCGUCACAAAAGAUCAAAGAAGAAUCACAAUUUAUGGUACCAGAUGGCAGCCAGGUUAUCGAAUUGAGCUCCAGCUCCAGCCCACCGUAUGUCGAACAUUAUGCUGAAGAUAAUGAGGACGAAACAUAUGAUGAUAGUCCUCUGCCUCAAGGCGAAGGUUGGGUGCAGAAGAAUCACAGCGAAGUGAAGACACGUAGCCGAGGCAAGAGUCUUCCGGCAGCGGCAGCGAAAGAAGUCAAGAACAAAACGACCACCACGACACAAGCUCCUACAGCCCGUGGACGAACAUCUCUCCCACCAGCUAGUGCUUUCAGCCAUAUCAGGGGGCGAAGGAAGGCAACUCGCAAGUUCUGA